AAAAAAAAGAACGAGUCCAACCAACAACACUACCAUAAAAUACCUACAUGAAAAGAAGAGUGAGACGAAGCGGGACCGUUCCAUUUUUUUCUUUUCAAAAGACGACGACAAACACGAACAACGCAAUUAAACAAGCGAGAAAUUCGUAGCACAUCCCUUUCUCACUACUUUCCGAUAAUCGGCAGUUAGUUCUUUCACAAACGCUCAUCGAAGAGGUAAACGAUAUAAUCGCAUCGUAUUCGCAUCAUCGUCACAUACACUCACUUGUGAAAAGAAUAAAAUAUCACUUUUUCCAUCGCGGUGAAGAGAAGAAAGAUAUAUAGCUACGCAUUUCCUUUUGAGACGACCGCCAUAUUGUUGAAAAUGAGACAAAAGAUUUUCAAGUGAAUUUAUGUAUAUGAUUUUCUUCUUGUUUUAAUUUUUUUUUUUUAAAUACAAAAAGAAAAACAAGUUAAAAACAAUUUUAAUUAGAAAAUUCUACUUUUUCUUAAUUAUUGUUGAUUAAUUAAAAAAGCAGAUUUUAAUAAGUUCAUUGGAAAGGGUUGUUCAUCACUCACAACAUCAAAUUCAUCAUAAAACAUCAAUUUAAUGAGGCUCGAAAAUUACCAAAUCAGCGAUAUGGAAGACAUAACCAAAACAAUAAUGUUCACAACAAAUACUAUACAAAAUGGUCAGCCAACAAUUCAGUAUCAAACGGCGGAUGGAACAAUUUUAAAACAACCAAAAAUAGAGGGCCAAAAAAAUCAACAAGAUUAUCCAACGUUUUGUUACACUACCACUAAUGGUAACGCGACAACCGUUAAUUUGGCUCAACUAACAACUGACGAUAAUAAAACCUGUUACAUCGCCCAACCAAUUGGUGGCUACAAUUAUGCAUUGGUUAAUCAAAUGCAACUUAACCAAGGUGGAACUGUUGGCAUAGCCACUGUUGAUAAUCAAGGUCGUUUACAAGUAAUAAAUAAACCCAUUGCUGCCAACACAAUUUCAAAUAUUAGUUUCAAAUGCGAUGUUUGUGGUCUUAUGUUCUCCCAUUUGACCCUCCUCAAUCACCACAAACGCAUCCACGCUCAAGACGGUAGUGAUGCUAAUCAAGAUCAAAUUGCUGUAGUCAAUGCCCAGGGCCUAGUCCAAACUCAAAAUAUAAUAACCGAGAAUGGACAACCCCUCGGGCAGAUUCAAAUUGUUGCCACCGAAUCAUUGGAACCCGCUACCUCACAUUCCAUGCAGCAAACAGCAAACGAAGUAACAGUUACCACAGCAAAAACUCUGACUUUAGAAAAAUCCAAAUGUAUAUCAUGCGGUGGACAAAUCCUCCAACCAACGAAACGAAAAGGCCCCAAAAUAGUGCGUUGUGAUAAUUGUGCAAACAACGAUAAUGCCAAUGGCCAAAUGCAAACACAAACCUCCCAGGCAACACCCACACAAAUAUUUGUGGCGCCCGAUGGUGAGAUAAAAUUUGAAAUGAAUGAAAUUCCAAGUGGAACAAGUGAAUCAUCGAUGGAUUCGUUGAAUGCACAAAAUAUUAUUCCAAUGCAACAAGGCAAUGGUGGUAAUUCGUCGAAUGGCGGUAGGAAGAAUCAACAUCAACAUCAGCAGCAAGAGAUAAUUACUGAAAAUGGUGCAUGUAAUGAUACAAUGGUUGGUCAUCAUCCGGUUAAAAAGAGAAAUCUAGCAACCGUGACCAAGUGUCAGAAGUGUAAUGGUUCGGGGGUGAUAUUUGUAGGUGGCAGUCAGAGACAAGUCAAAUCAGAAACACCUAAACCUUUUACUUGCAAUAUCUGUGGUGGAACAUUUUCAAGAUAUUCCAGUUUGUGGUCGCAUAAGAAAUUACACAGUGGAGAGAAAAAUUAUAAAUGCACUAUUUGCGGUUUGGCGUUUGCAAAGGCGGUUUAUUUGAAAAAUCACGCUAGAAUUCAUACUGGUGAAAAACCUUACAAAUGUCAGACAUGUGGAAUGCAAUUCUCUCAAUCUCCCCAUCUGAAAAAUCACGAACGAACUCACAGCGGUGAAAAACCGUAUGUGUGUGAAGUUUGUGAUAAAGGUUUUGCCCGCCAUGCAACAUUAUGGAAUCAUCGCAGAAUUCAUACCGGAGAGAAACCAUAUAAAUGUGACAUCUGUGGAUCAGCAUUCAGUCAAGCAGCCCACCUUAAAAAUCACGCCAAGGUUCAUUCCGGUGAGAAACCAUUUAAAUGUGAUAUUUGUUCAGCAGCGUUUGCUGAUCGUUUUGCGCUAAAACGACAUCGAGGAAUUCACGAAAAAUAUGGACAAACAGCACCUCGCCACUCUCAAUUACAAAAUCAUGACGAUCAAGGUCAAAUAACACAAUCAAUGGUUAUCCAUAAACAAGAAAUGCCCGAAAUGGACGAUGAAGCCCAACAUGAAGUCAUAAUAGCGGGUUUAUAAAAUUCAAUACUACUUUAAAAAAACAAACAAAAAAAAAUCAA